UGCCCUUUCAAAACUAAGUAAGCCCAAGCAUAGUUCCAUAUUCUGAACAACUUCCCUUUUGUAAAAUGUACAUAUUCAAUAAAAACUUAUUGAAAUAAAGCCGCAUUAAAAUGCAAAUAACUUGGAGAACCUUUCCCAAAUUGUUUAUUGUGCUUCCGUUGCUGCACUUCAUCCUGGCCCAAUGUGUAAAGGCCGAGUCGGAAGAAUACAAACGUCGUAAGGAGCUGGAGAAAGAAAAUCCUCCAACGGUUAAUAUAGCUGGGAUGAUGAGAAACCAGGGGUUGAUGGAGGACGACUCGAAAAAGGACACCCUGUUCGGAAGCUCGACGUCAAGGAAGUAAAUGCCCACAAAUUACCCAAAGCCUUGCCCGAAUAAACUUAUCGACAAGCCUCGUUCGAACUGAAACGGAAGCAGAAAGUCAAGGUGCAAACCAAAAAUCAUUACACCUGUUCACGAACACAACAAACCCUGGAAGAUGUGAGUGUAGAAAGCGUAGAAAUCGAACGGCCAGUGGGGAAUAAUGCGAUGCACGUCAAGCCGAAAAUUUAACGCUCGUAGUUCAUCCGCAAGGGUUGAAGAAGUUCUUCACGGAGUUGGGGUCACUACAUAUAAGUGUAUUCAUACAUGUGUAGGUUUUUAUAUCAA